AGUAGAUCAAUCACUUGACGGAACCUGACUGCAGAUUGUAUUUUUCUUUCCGCCACUCUCUUGCGUUCAUCCUUUGUUUUCCUUCUGUAGAAGAAUAAUAUAAUUUGAAUUAAAGAAGGCACAUCAUUAUAUCGCCACGAAAUCAAUCAGCAGCCUUUACAUGUGUACGCACAUCAUUCAGCCAGCGUCGUCUCCAAGUUCGGCCUCUUCACGUGCUGUAACGGGAAAUCCGCCGCCGAGGAGAACCAGAAGCACUGGAGAGCGGCCAUCGUUUGUGCCGCCGCAUUUUUUUCCAACGGAGAAAUGGCACCUCUCUCUCUCUCUCUCUCUCUUUCUCCUCCGGGUCGCAGUCGCAAUGGGAGAAGUUGCUGUCUUUGUUGAGACUAACUUGGGAACCCGAAUCGCCAUGACGGUGCCUCUCGAUAUCACAUCACCCGAUUUCAUGAGAAAACUUGAGGAAACACAUGCAAGUUGCCUUUCCAGCUUAGGGGAGAUACGAGUUCAUGCUCUCAUGGUUCCAAGAAAGUCUCACUUGUAUUACCUUGCUCAAUCUGUGCCUAUAAAGUACAUCUUCCGGGAUAACCAUCCUAAGCCCUGGUUUAUCCACGCAGAAGCUACACUUGUUAACAGACCACAAGACCCACGCAUAUCCAACUGCUUUGGUAAAUCUCAAAUUGGACAUUGCUCCGGUUCUAAUAAAUCCCCUCAAGGAGGAGUAGUUGGGCUGAUCCAUGGUGUAAACAAGAAGACAACGAAGAGAGAGUUUGUUGGUUUUGAAACCAUAGUAAGAUCUUCAUUGUCAACCGCAACAGCUGCUGACUUGAACUCGAAAUGUUUCAUACCAAAAACGCCGGAGAGGGAAACUGGAGAGACUGCGAGUAAAAAAAGUGAAACAAUAAGCAAUAAGCUAAUUGUGGCUGCAAACAACAUCAGAAUGCAAGGAAUGUCUAGAAUGUCUUGUUCACUAUCAUCAUCUAUUUUCAGAAGCAAGAAUCGGAGAAAGAGAUGCAUAGAUGCUAAGACACUCGCUUCUCUUGCAAAGUUUAUGGUCUUUGAGAUACCUGAUACCGAGGAUUGAGUCACCAAAAGCGAGGGAGAGAUACUUUGGACAAAGAAGAUAUGGCUACAUUUCUUCAGUUUGUCACCGGAACAUCAAAGGUUCCUUUAGAAGGUUUCAGGUUUGCUUGAACAAAUCUUACCUUCAGAACCAGUGAAAACCCAUCAAUCCGACUUCUCUGUAUAUGCAUGUAAGCUUCAUACUUGUACAUCCUCUUUAGAUUUUAUCCGUCCAUAGGAUCUUUUGGUAAAUGACUGAAGAAUGGAAAAAAAAAACAUCGGAGAGGCUACUUUUAUCUGUCAUAUAUGUUAAGACUAUUAUUAGGAGUUAGGACCUUUCUUGUGUUUCUCUUUAGAUUUUGUAAAGCAAAAGAUCUUUAAAACAGAAGAAUUUAAGUUGCAAACUUACAAACAUUUAUUUAGUA